ACCAUGUCGGCCAAGGUGCGACUCAAGAAGCUGGAACAGCUGCUCCUGGACGGGCCGUGGCGCAACGAGAGCGCGCUGAGCGUGGAGACGCUGCUCGACGUGCUCGUGUGUCUCUACACCGAGUGCAGCCACUCGGCCCUGCGCCGCGACAAGUAUGUGGCCGAGUUCCUCGAGUGGGCAAAGCCAUUCACACAGCUGGUGAAGGAGAUGCAACUGCACCGGGAAGAUUUUGAAAUCAUUAAAGUGAUCGGAAGAGGAGCUUUUGGCGAGGUUGCUGUUGUCAAAAUGAAGAACACUGAACGAAUUUAUGCCAUGAAGAUACUCAACAAGUGGGAGAUGCUGAAGAGAGCAGAGACGGCGUGCUUCCGGGAGGAGCGAGACGUGCUGGUCAACGGGGACUGCCAGUGGAUUACGACACUGCACUACGCCUUCCAGGACGAGAACUACCUGUACUUGGUCAUGGAUUACUACGUGGGCGGUGAUUUAUUGACCCUGCUCAGUAAAUUUGAAGACAGGCUUCCAGAAGAUAUGGCACGAUUCUACAUCGGUGAGAUGGUGUUGGCCAUCGAUUCCAUUCAUCAGCUUCAUUAUGUGCACAGAGACAUUAAGCCUGACAAUAUCCUUUUGGAUGUGAAUGGUCAUAUUCGCCUGGCCGACUUUGGAUCAUGUUUGAAGAUGAAUGAUGAUGGAACUGUCCAGUCCUCCGUGGCUGUGGGCACACCCGACUACAUCUCCCCGGAGAUCCUGCAGGCCAUGGAGGACGGCAUGGGCAAGUACGGCCCCGAGUGUGACUGGUGGUCCCUGGGGGUCUGCAUGUAUGAGAUGCUCUACGGAGAGACACCGUUCUACGCCGAGUCACUCGUAGAGACCUACGGCAAGAUCAUGAACCACGAGGAGCGAUUCCAGUUCCCGUCCCAUGUCACGGAUGUGUCCGAGGAGGCCAAAGACCUCAUUCAGAGACUCAUCUGCAGCAGGGACCGCCGUCUGGGCCAGAACGGGAUAGAGGAUUUCAAAAAACAUGCGUUUUUUGAAGGGUUAAACUGGGAAAACAUACGGAACCUGGAAGCUCCGUACAUUCCCGACGUCAGCAGCCCUUCCGACACGUCCAACUUUGACGUGGACGAUGACGUGCUGCGGAACACCGAAAUAUUACCUCCUGGGUCGCACACGGGCUUUUCCGGAUUACAUUUGCCUUUCAUUGGUUUUACGUUCACCACGGAAAGCUCCUUCUCAGACCGCGGCUCCCUGAAGAGCAUGAUGCAGUCCAGCACGCUGACCAAAGAUGAGGAUGUGCAGCGCGGCCUGGAGAACAGCCUGCAGAUGGAGGCCUAUGAGAGGAGGAUCCGGAGGCUGGAGCAGGAGAAGCUGGAGCUGAGCCGGAAGCUGCAAGAGUCCACACAGACAGUGCAGUCACUUCACAGUUCCACGAGAGCCCUGGGAAGCUCCAACCGAGACAAAGAGAUCAAAAAGCUGAACGAAGAAAUCGAACGCCUGAAGACCAGACUAGCAGAUUCCAGCCGGCUGGAGCGGCAGCAGGAUGCCACGGUGCUUCGUCAAGAGCACGAAGAUGCCGUGCAGCGGCUGAAGGGGCUGGAGAAGCAGUACCGCGUGGCGCGGCAGGAGAAGGAGGACUUCCACAAGCAACUGGUGGAAGCAUCUGAGCGCCUGAAGGCCCAGGCCAAGGAGCUCAAAGAUGCCCACCAGCAGCGGAAGCUGACGCUACAGGAGUUCUCAGAGCUCAACGAGCGUAUGGUCGAUCUCCGGUCCCAGAAGCAGAAGGUUUCCCGGCAGCUGCGUGACAAGGAGGAGGAGAUGGGGGUGGCCAUGCAGAAGAUCGACUCCAUGCGGCAGGAGAUGCGCAGAGUCGAGAAGUCCCGGAAGGAGCUGGAAGCUCAGCUUGAAGAUGCUGUUGCUGAGGCUUCAAAGGAACGCAAGCUGCGAGAACACAGCGAGAACUUCUCCAAGCAAAUGGAGAGUGAGCUCGAGAGCCUUAAGAUGAAGCAAGGAGGCCGAGGGUCCGGCACCACCUUAGAACAUCAGCAGGAAAUCUCCAAAAUGAAGUCUGAGCUGGAGAAGAAGGUCUUGUUCUACGAGGAGGAGUUGGUCAGGCGCGAAGCCUCCCACGUGCUAGAGGUGAAGAACGUGCGGAAAGAGGUGCGUGACUCGGAGAGCCACCAGCUGGCCCUGCAGAAGGAGGUUCUGAUGCUGAAGGACAAGCUGGAGAAGGCCAAGCGCGAGCGGCAUAACGAGAUGGAGGAGGCCGUGGGCACCGUGAAAGACAAGUACGAGCGAGACAGAACCAUGCUGCUCGAGGAGAGCAAGAAACUAACGGCUGAAAACGAAAGGCUCUGUUCCUUUGUGGAUAAGCUGACGGCUCAGAAUAGACAGUUGGAGGACGAGCUCCAGGAUCUGGCGGCUAAGAAGGAGUCAGUGGCCCACUGGGAAGCCCAGAUCGCGGAGAUCAUCCAGUGGGUCAGUGACGAGAAGGACGCCCGCGGCUACCUCCAAGCGCUUGCUUCUAAGAUGACCGAGGAGCUUGAGACUUUGAGGAGUUCCAGUCUGGGAUCAAGAACGCUGGACCCGCUGUGGAAAGUCCGCCGUAGCCAGAAGCUGGACAUGUCGGCCCGGCUGGAGCUGCAGUCGGCGCUGGAGGCUGAGAUCCGGGCCAAGCAGCUAGUACAGGAGGAGCUGCGGAAAGUCAAAGACUCCAACCUCGCCUUUGAAAGUAAACUAAAGGACUCCGAAGCCAAAAACAGAGAAUUACUAGAAGAAAUGGAAAUUUUGAAGAAAAAGAUGGAAGAAAAAUUUAGAGCAGAUACCGGUCUAAAACUUCCUGAUUUUCAAGAUUCUAUUUUUGAUUAUUUCAACACUACACCUCUUACACAUGAUCUAACGUUCAGAACAGGCUCAGCCGGUGAGCAGGAGGCCCACACAGCAAAGCCAGAAGCGUCCCCGUCGAUGUCCACGCCUGCAGGCAUAGACCAACCGGAAGACAUGGCUCGUGCUCUGCCGAGGCCAGCCGCUGUCCCCCUGCCUGCCACACCGGCCCUCGCCCUGACUGGACCCAAGCCCAAAGCGCACCAGUUCAGCAUCAAGUCCUUCUCCAGCCCCACGCAAUGCAGCCACUGCACCUCGCUCAUGGUGGGACUCAUCCGGCAGGGCUACGCCUGUGAGGUGUGCUCCUUCGCCUGCCACGUGGCCUGCAAGGACAGUGCCCCCCAGGUGUGCCCCAUCCCUCCCGAGCAGUCCAAGCGGCCCCUCGGCGUGGACGUGCAGCGAGGCAUCGGGACCGCCUACAAAGGCUACGUCAAGAUCCCCAAGCCCACCGGGGUGAAGAAGGGGUGGCAGCGAGCCUAUGCGGUGGUCUGUGACUGCAAGCUGUUCCUGUACGAUCUGCCUGAGGGGAAAUCCACGCAGCCGGGCGUGGUCGCCAGCCAGGUGUUGGACCUCAGAGACGACGACUUUUCCGUGAGCUCAGUCCUGGCUUCAGAUGUCAUACAUGCUACACGCCGAGAUAUUCCCUGUAUAUUCAGGGUGACGGCCUCUCUCCUAGGUGCACCUUCUAAGAUCAGCUCACUGCUCAUUCUAACAGAAAAUGAGAACGAAAAGAGGAAAUGGGUUGGGAUUCUGGAAGGCCUCCAGUCAAUCCUCCGUAAAAACAGACUGAGGAACCAGGUGGUGCACGUGCCCCAGGAAGCCUACGACAGCUCACUGCCACUUAUCAAGACCAUCCUGGCGGCGGCCAUCGUGGAUGAAGAGAAGAUCGCCAUCGGCCUGGAGGAGGGGCUGUACGUCAUCGAGCUGAACCGUGACAUCAUCAUCCGAGCGGCCGACUGCAAGAAGGUGCACCAGAUCGCCCUCGCACCCCGGGAGAAGAUUGUCGCCCUGCUUUGUGGCCGGAACCACCACGUCCACCUCUACCCCUGGUCAGCCUUGGACGGGGCCGAGGGCAGCUUUGACAUCAAGCUUCCAGAGACCAAGGGCUGCCAGCUGAUCACCACGGCCACGCUCAAGAAGGGUUCGGCCACCUGCCUGUUCGUGGCUGUGAAGCGCCUGGUGCUCUGCUACGAGCUGCACAGAACUAAGCCUUUCCACCGAAAGCUCAGCGAGCUGGCCGCCCCCGGCCCCGUACAGUGGAUGGCCAUGUUCGGGGACAGGCUCUGUGUGGGCUACCCGUCCGGCUUCUCCCUGCUCAGCGUCCAGGGCGACGGGCACGCCCUCAGCCUGGUCAGCCCGGCCGACCCCUCGCUCGCCUUCCUCUCGCAGCAGUCCUUCGACGCCCUGUGUGCUGUGGAGCUGCGGGCCGACGAGUACUUGCUGUGCUUCAGCCACAUGGGGCUGUACGUGGACGCGCAGGGCCGGCGGUCGCGCACGCAGGAGCUCAUGUGGCCGGCCGUCCCCGUGGCCUGUAGCUGCAGCCCUUCCCACGUCACUGUGUACAGCGAGUACGGUGUCGACGUCUUUGACGUGAACACCAUGGAGUGGGUGCAGACCAUUGGCCUGCGGAGGAUCCGACCACUGAACCCAGAAGGCAGCCUCAACCUCCUCAGCCACGAGCCCCCGCGCCUCAUCUACUUCAAGAGCAGGUUCUCGGGCACCGUUCUCAACGUGCCCGACACCUCGGACAACAGCAGGAAGCAGAUGCUGCGGACCCGGAACAAGCGCUGGUUUGUGUUCAAGGUCCCCGAGGAGGAGCGGCUGCAGCAGAGGCGUGAGAUGCUCAGAGACCCAGAGCUGAGGUCCAAGAUGAUUUCCAACCCGACAAACUUCAACCACGUGGCCCACAUGGGACCCGGCGACGGCAUGCAGGUGCUGAUGGACCUGCCGCUGAGCUCGAUGCCCUCCACGCAGGAGGAGAGGCCCGCCUCUGCCAACCUGGCCCGGCAGCCCCCAGCCCGAAAUAAGCCGUACACCUCCUGGCCGUCAUCAGGUGGAUUCGAGCCUGGCGUGGCUGUACCCCUGAGGAGCAUGUCUGAUCCUGACCAGGACUUUGACAAAGAGCCGGAUUCGGAUUCCACCAAACACUCAACCCCAUCCAACAGCUCCAACCCCAGUGGCCCCCCCAGCCCCAACUCACCCCACCGGAGCCAGCUCCCCCUGGAAGGCCUCGAGCCGCCGGCCUGUGACGCCUGA